CAUACGCAGAGUUCUCUGGUUCAUUUUGAGGGAUUGAACUGACGAAGACCAGACCCCUAACCAUGAAACCCUUUUUUAAGGUCCUCGUGAUUCUGUUCUGCAUCAGCAAGGGUGAAGGCCACUGGCUGAGGUCACUGAUUGGCCAGAAGCAGAAUUCUCUUUCAUCUCAAGAUGAGAACAGAAGAAGCAGGUAUUUAACUGUAGAAGAAAUCCAGACGGAAACCUCUGGAGAUGAGCCAUCUCCCGUCCCCAUUGCCACAAUCCCAGUCCGGAUACGACGCUCGACUCCCGACUCCCAGUGCGGCCUGCGCUCCAUCUUGCUGCAGGUUCGAGACCUGGGGUUGGGCUAUGACUCGGAUGAAACUGUCUUAUUUAAGUACUGCAGCGGGACGUGUCCUCACGCUCGCUCCAACUAUGACCUCACGCUCAGCAACCUUCUCUUCAGUGGACUGCUCCCACACCCAACUCCUGGAGAGCCGUGGCAUAAUGCCCCAUGCUGCAGGCCCACCCAUUAUGAAGAUAUGGCCUUCCUCGAUAAUUCCCACCGCUGGCACAAAGUGGAGAAGUUGUGUGCUGCAGGAUGCAGCUGUGUAGAUUAAACAGUUGGAUUAAGAUGGAUUAAGAGAGCAGGUGAGAGAGAACUGAAGAUAUUUUUUGAGACAAACUUAUUUGGAGAAGAGUUAUUUACUCCAAAAUGAAAAAGAACAGAAUAACAGCUCGUGUUACUCUGAAUCAUGUUUCAAUACCAUUAAGGGUAAAGCUGAACAAAUGCUUUAAGUUGAAUUACAAGACAUUUGUAAAUAAGCUAAUAUGUAUUUAUUUAAAAAUGUUUAAAAAACCUGUAAUUAAAAAAAUAUAAAGCUCUUUAGAAAUGUCUGUUUUACAAACAAUGCUGAAUUAAGGUCUUAAAUGGUUCAGCUACUUAAAAGUGUCUAUGUAAAAACAAGAUAUUUAUUUAUUUAAUGAUUUUUUACAGAUUAAUUUAU